AUGUCGAACAACUACUCUUACGAUUACAUUAUAAAGGGAAACUCUUUUAGUCGUAUUGUCAAGUCGUUUUUAACAAAACAAGCACAAGAGUUCACAGUCAAGAUUCGACAUUGUUCAUGCCUACUUUUGCAAUUCACGGAUAAACGGUUCCAACCAGCUCAUGACUUGACGAUUGGAGUAGAGUUUGGGGCACGUUUUGUUGAAGUUGAAGGAAAGAAAAUUAAACUCCAAAUUUGGGAUACGGCUGGCCAAGAAUCUUUUAGGAGUAUAACGAGAAGUUAUUAUCGAGGUGCAGCUGGAGCUUUAUUAGUAUAUGAUAUAACUAGGCGUGAAACUUUUGAACAUCUUCUCAUUUGGCUUGAAGAUGCUCGUCAACAUUCAAACUCUGAUACGACCAUAAUGCUCAUUGGGAACAAAAGUGAUCUUGAGUCUAAACGUGUUGUCUCUUAUGCAGAGGGUGAGGCGUUUGCGCGGCAGCACGGCUUGUUUUUCAUGGAAACUUCAGCAAAGACUGCAGAAAAUGUUGAAGACGACAUAUAUGAAAAGAUCAAGCAAGGCGUCUUUGAUGUCACAAAUGAGGGGACGGGCAUCAAAGUUGGAGGUAAUUCACACUCGGGAUCUUCGCUUCCAAUCAAUGUAAAUGCUGCCAACAAUUGUUGCUGA